CAUUUGCCACCUGUAAGACUGCGCUAUUUCAAACAGCAGAACGUGGUCAGUGCUGUUUGUUUUGCCCAGUUCUAGUUACACAUUUACGAGAAUGUAACUUACCUUCAAAUACUUGGAAAAUAGUUUUAUCAGUAUGGGGGUAGGGCGUAAACCGAGACCUUGAACUGCAUGCGUGUGUCCAAAUACAACGCGGCCAUGAGACACAACCAGUGCUGUUCCAGAUGCUACAGCACUGACAGAACUAACCUGUAGCAGUCACAUGCACUAAGCAACAGCAAGAGUUUGUGUGCGGCAUGUAUUAUCUGUUUUUUUAAAAAAAAGGUUUUUUUACAAUACAGUAAGUGUGAAACUUUUACUCCUUGCCCAUUUCUGUGUGCUGUAUAGUUGUUGUUUCAGUAGAGGUCGCACUUUUCAUAAUUUUACUGCAGCUCGCAUUCAGCGGCCUCACACAACUGCACCGUUUGAGACAGAAAUACUGCGGGGAGCGAGCAGCGCGUCGCCGAUCAGAGGGGCACGGAACCGCGCAGCGCGUCGCCGAUCAGAGGGGCACGGAACCGCGCAGCGCGCUCCCGGAGACUCAGGGAAACUUCGGCUCGCCAGAUAGACGCGAAUAGAUACGCAGGGAUUGGAAAAAAAUUAAAGCAAAGGUUCGUGCAGACAAAACAGAACAGCGGUCUGGGAUUCACUCGCGGAACCAUUCCGGUGCAAGCAUGGAAGAUCUCGACGCUCUGUUAGCUGACCUCGAGUCCACGACCUCCCACAUCUCGAAGAGGCCCGUGUUUCUGCAGGAGGAGACGCCCUACUCCUUCCCCACCGGCAACCACACCUACCAGGAGAUCUCGCUGCCCCCCCCGGUGCCCCCCCCUCCCUCCGCAGAGGCUCUGAACGGGAGCGUCCUCGACCCGGCGGACCAGUGGCAGAGCCCAGCCAGGUUCACACCCCAGCAGCCUCAGGCUGUGAAAAGCGUCGCCUCUGUUUCACGAGAGAGCGGCAGCCCUCCUCCCAGCCGCCCCAGCGAGGAGGACCACGUCUACAGUUUUCCCAACAAGCCAAAGACUACUGAUACCUCCCAGGCAACCAUGAGCUCGUUCCUGGGCAGCAACCUGUCGGAACUGGACCGGCUCCUGCUGGAACUGAACGCUGUCCAGCACAACCCGCCCUCCUUCGCCACCACAGAGGACACCAUGCCCCCCCUGCCGUCGGUCAGCACCACCCACUACGGCGUGCAGGAGAACGGGGGCUCGGCCGGCAAGAAGGCUCCCCCUCCCGCCAAGGAGAAGCCGAAACGCAGCGGGGGGCGCGGCAUCGAGGACGUGCGCCCCAGUGUGGAGAGCCUGCUGGAUGAACUGGAAAGCUCUGUCCCCAGUCCAGCGCCUGCCUCGGUUGCGGUGCUGCAGUGUGAUGUGGGGGGCGAGGGGCAGCGCGACACCCCCACCCAGCAGCAAGCCCGGAUAUCAGCCUCCUCCGCCACCCGGGAGCUGGACGAACUCAUGGCCUCCCUGUCUGACUUCAAGGUGCAGAGCAAUCCUAGCUCCUCUGCCUCCUUGGCCUCCGAGCCUUUCUCGGAGCAGGAUCUAGCCAGCUCAGAUUUGAUCCUUGCAGACGCUUCCACCCCCUCUCCUGAAACCCCGGGUUUAUUCGUCACCGUCCCUCCCAACAAGGACGACUCCUCUCCCGUCCCGCAGACACCCUGCCCCCUGGGGCCACUCCACAUCGAUGAGGAGGGCAGUGGUGCAGAGCACCCCACUACCCCCCUCGCUGGCAUCUCCCAAUGGGACCCCGAACCUGCGGCUUCUCCGCAGCCAAGGCAAGGCAAGCAGACAGGCAGGGAGCUGGACUCUGACGUCAUCAUCGACGUCUCCUCCUCCAUGCUGUCAUCCAGACAGGAGUGUUUAGUGGUGCUGGACAAACCUGAUCCGCCUCUCACCGGCCCGCUGGGACAGGUCAAGAGCGAGGGCAGAACGAGGCAGGAAACCACGGCCAGUACCUUGGAGCCAGCUCGGCUGCAGGGGCAGGUCACCUCUGAGCUCUGUGCCACGUCGGAAACAUCAAAAGAACACGAGGCAUCCCUCGACGAAGCCCUAGAUAAGCUGCUAGCAAUGGGGUUCGAGGAGCUGGAGAGAGAGGACCCCCACGUGGAGGAAGAGGUGCAGGAGAUCUACGAGGAAGCCAUCGUGGCCACGGACAGGAGAGAGGCGUUCCCGGACACCGCGGGACUCCAGCAGCUUCCCGUGAAGGAAGAGGAACCCAGACCGACCCCACUGCCCAAAGGGAACAGGGAGGAGGAGGAGAAGGAGCUCCGUGAAGCUGACCGACUCGCACAGCAGCAGAGCCCAGAGCCGGAGGAAAACUUUGAGCUGCCCACGGCUCAGCCUCCGGUGGUGGAGAGGAUCUCCACAUCCAGCCAGAUGAAGUCGUUAAUCAAGCGGACGAAGGAGACGUCGAACGUGCACCCCAUGUUGCGCGAGGACGCACCGCGGCGCAAGCUGGGCCCCGUGAUCUUCCACAAGAGCAACUCCCAGGACAAGCUGAUCGAGGAGCUGCAGGGUAAGCUGGGCAUCGGCAGGCAGGAGCGCUGGAAGGGCCGGCAGGAAGACUGGCUGACGGAGGGGGUGAUCGUCACGUCCACGCCGCUGCGCACACGCCAGGACAGCAGCCCCGGGGGUCAGCAGAUAAUAAUGCCUCCAGCAUCUCCCGUCCUGCAAAGGAGAGCCAUCCCUCCUGCAACCUCCCCUCCUCCCAAACGCGCUGCCCAGGAAGUGAAAAAGUGCGUCGCGGUCAAAGAGUCCCCCUCUCCCCUUCCCCUGCCUCCCCCUCCUCCGCCACCUCCUCCUCAGCCCCUGUGGGUCCCCUCCCCUCCUCCACCUCCCCCUCCUGCCCCCAAGCACCCCUCUCCCCUCCACCAGCCCCCCCUGCACUGGGAGACCUCUUCAGAUGACUACCAGGAGCUGCUCCUGCUGCAAACGCCCCGGCCCCCCUCCCUCUCCCCCCAACCCCAGGUGCCCCACAUAGAACCCCCCCUCCCUCAGCCCAAGACCACUGUCUCUAUCGCCUGUCAGACUGAUGACGACCCCAUCUUUCCUCCAAUGAAGGCAUGGACUCCUUACUCAUUCCUCCUCUUCUAUCAUUUCCUUUCAGUUUCUCGUUUAUUCCACGCUGUGUUUUAUUUAGUCACUGUCAUUUCUAUUCAGAGUUUGGCUUUAGUCAUUGUGAUCAGACAAGGUGGGGUUCACAUGAUUCAGAGAUGUGAUUCUGUUACUUGUAACCACCUCUAUGUAUUGUAUUCAUUCAGUACAUUGUACCCGCCCACGGUGGACAAGGUGAGCUGCUGUUCUCUUCAUGCCUGUCUGAACCUCUGCUGUCUUGUCCAGUUUCUCCAGCCGCUGGCUCCCUCUCUUCCUCAUGUUCCACACCAGCGGGCUCCGUACCCCGGGAGGGAGGACUGGUUUGACUUUGUAGAUCCCUAUGCCUCUCCUUCCCCCUAUCCAUAUGGAGAGCUUCAGACACUUGAUCCAAACAUCAUGGCCCAGGGGAAGGGUGGCGGGGGGUCCCCCCCAGCCGGAGCCCCCAAAGCUGGGAACAAGCUGGACAGCAUGCUGGGCAGCCUGCAGUCUGACCUGAACCGGCUCGGGGUUCAGACCGUAGCCAAGGGGGUGUGUGGAGCCUGCAAUAAACCCAUCGCAGGACAGGUGGUCACGGCGAUGGGCAGGACUUGGCACCCGGAGCACUUCGUGUGCACCCACUGCCAGGAGGAGAUCGGCUCCCGCAACUUCUUUGAGAGGGACGGGCAGCCUUACUGUGAAAGGGACUAUCACAACCUCUUCUCCCCGCGCUGCUACUACUGCAACGGCCCCAUCCUUGACAAAGUUGUGACCGCGCUGGAUAGGACCUGGCACCCGGAGCACUUCUUCUGUGCCCAGUGCGGAGCUUUCUUUGGUCCUGAAGGGUUUCAUGAGAAGGAUGGCAAGGCGUACUGUCGCAAGGAUUACUUCGACAUGUUCGCCCCCAAGUGUGGAGGCUGCGCUCGGGCCAUUCUGGAGAACUACAUCUCGGCUCUGAACUCGCUGUGGCACCCCGAGUGCUUUGUGUGUCGGGAGUGCUUCACCCCGUUUGUUAACGGCAGCUUCUUCGAGCACGACGGGCAGCCCUACUGCGAGGUGCACUACCACGAGAGGCGCGGCUCGCUCUGCUCCGGCUGCCAGAAACCCAUCACCGGCCGCUGCAUCACCGCCAUGGCCAAGAAGUUCCACCCCGAGCACUUCGUCUGCGCCUUCUGCCUCAAGCAGCUCAACAAGGGGACCUUCAAGGAGCAGAACGACAAGCCCUACUGCCAGAACUGCUUCAUCAAACUGUUCAGCUAGAAACAUAGCACGGGCGGGCGGGCGGGCGGGCAAACCUGCUUAGAAAACCAGCGCUCGAGCGUCUGCUCUUUUUAAAUGUGGUCUCUAGAGACAGGUGGUGGUCUUUUUAUAUCCAGGUGUGUGUUUGUUUUUUUUUUUUCUUCAAACAUUAGAAAUCUAUAUACACAGUGUGAGGGAUCUGUCAGAGCUGUCAGUGUGAUCUCUACUACAGAAGUGGUCUUUCUGAUACAGCUUUGAGUGUGCUGUCCUGACCCACGCUUACCAAAUCAGUGGUGAUGGACAGAGCGGCCUCCUCCUCUCUCUCUCUCUCUCUCUCUCUCUCUCUCUCUCUGUGUUUCCACUGCUCACUGUUUCUUUAAUCAGGUCUGUUUUGAGUUUUUUUUUUUUUUUUACCUGUUCAAGGUGUGUGUGGUUUUGAGUGGGGUUCCUGAGAUCCCGAGGAGGACAGUGAAAUAAAGAAGGGCACUGAGCAGAGCAAAUGCAGUCUCUCUCUUCUCUCUCUUCUCUUUCUCUCUCUCUCAAUAAGGUGCAUUUUACAGCUUGGUAUGUCAAUAUAUCAGGGCAAUAUUUUUGUAAAAGUUUUCCUAUGGAAAUUUUUCUUAUUUCAAAUAAACAAACCAACAACAAAAAGCAAGCCUGGUCAAAAACAGGUGAAAGGACUCUGCGUUGCACCCCACUGCCUCGGAAAACCAUGCACUGGGAAGGGUAGAAACUCUGCUUCUCUGUGGAAUCAGCAAGUCCCUCUUAACCAGAGUAAACCCAGUGUUUAUAAAGGGCGGUGUCUUGGUUGCCAUAGUAAUUGUUCCAGAAUGUGGGGGGAUUCACAUGCCAGAGAGCAUCAGUGGUGCUGUCUCCCAGGUAACUGACUCCUGACUGAUCCUGCAUCUUCAUGUCUGUGUCGUUUACCACUGGUCUGGAGUGAGUGAGUGAGUGUGUGUCUUAUAGAUGACAGUGUGCCUUCCCUUACCCUGUAAUGUGGCCCCACAAGCAGAAUAUAAACUCUGAUAAAGAUCAGGGGUUGGGAUGUGUUGAGUUGCACCUUAUUGAAAAACAAAAACUGCAAACAGUAAUUAAUAGUGCCAAGGGGAUGCCAGUAUUUAACAGUAAAGACCUUUACCAUGAGUAUAGGUUUUACAGAUUCCUGACUGCAUCCAGUCUAACUGUUGAAUACAAACUGCACCUGCAAUGAGUAUAGGAAAGCCCUGAACCCAGAGGCAGGGUCUCUCUCUGUUUGCAAGUUUAACACUUUAGGGGGAGGGAUUUUAUUCAACCUCAUGCAAGAGGAUUCAGAUAUUUUUUUACUUCAGAUUGUUAACCUGCGUGGGGCCGUAUCAUUUUUAAAAGUUUGUAAUCAUAAAAAAAGAAAAUAUAUUUCAAUCCUAACGCGUUCUUUUUGAAUCUGGAGUUCAGAACUAUUCAAUGUGGUGGUGAUGGCAAUAACGUUUUCUAUAAAAACUGUCACAUGUAACAAGUCUCUAGAGCCAGUCACUGUUGUAAUCAAUGACUAUUUCAUAGAACAUUUCUAAUAUAGGGUUUGGUUAUUCAUAUUCAUUUUAUACAUUUUUGCUCCUUUUCUGAUAAAGUAUAUAGAUAUAUAAAAAAUAUAUAUGAAAUUUUAACAACAAAGAACCACUUAUUAUAUCCUGCCUCAAAAGUUUUCAAACUCGGACAAACUUCUUAGUUUGCAAAAAAAAAAAAAAAAAAUAUGUAAUUCUAAUCUAACCUCAGCUUUGUUAAGAUGCUAAAGGUGGUUUUUCGUCUUGAAAACAAAUGAAUGACUGUGAGCUGGGAAACGCCUGUAUAAAGAAAAUGAAUGAUAUUUUAUAGCACCAGCCGGUAUUGCCUGUAAAGGUGACUCCCACGCUGACACGAGAUGACUGAAGUCAUGUUUUGUAACCUUUGAACUGCUGUAUUUUUUCUCCAUGCCUUGGUUUUGUUGGAAUGCCUGCCGUUCAGUUCAUUACCAAUAACUGAAUCCUUAAUGCAAGUCUUAAUUACUGCAGCCUUUUUUUCUUUACUUUGUGAGUGUACUAACAUUUCUUUUGGUUUGGUAACUUAUAUAAUUUUUUUAAAUCAAUGUUUUUGAGAAAUGGGUUUAGGCAACGUGCCGACCAAGUGGACAAGAUUGUCUGAAAGAUUAAAAAUGAAUAAACUAAUAAUGCUGAAAGUGAAAAUUGCUUGUUGCUGUCGGGUUAUAUUAUUUCUUGGUGCCAAUGGAAAUAACCAAAUGAUAUUGGUGCCUGUCUGUCAAUAGUAUGAGUAGUCUGUGUUGCGAUCCAAGCUUGUGGCUGAUUUAUUUGUUUUUCAUAGUUGUAAAGUGCCAAACUGGUUUCACGCUGUGCUGUGGACAGAUCGAACAGCCAAUACCUGCUAGGAGGAUGCCAGGGUGAGAAAAAGCAAAUGUGAUAAUGUUUCCUAUUUCUUUAUCUCUGCAUCUGUCUUUGUCUGUCUGUCUGUCUGGGCUUGUCUGAAAAUUCCAUUCCAGUCAUGUGACACAACCCCCUUUCAAAGUGGCUGGUCCCUCCUCCUGGCCCUAGGUUGAGUCAGCAGAGUUGAAAGGUCAUGCGGUCACGUGGUUUGAAUGAUACGAGGAAGCCUGUUCAGCGCCGUGCAGUUAGGAUUCUCCGGACAAGCUCAAGGCAAGUCCCAGGCUCGGUACAGACAGAUCUAGAGAAAUUGGAUGACUCGGUACAGACAGAUCUAGAGAAAUGGGAUGGCUCUGUACAGACAGAUCUAGAGAAAUGGGAAAAUACAGAAAUACAAGGACACUGAAGCGACUUGCUCUGUAAACCUGGAUACACCUCCAGGGUUAGUUUGGCUAAAGUCCCUGUAAUCAAACACCCCAACGUACACUGCUCAUUUUGAGGAAGCCUUAAACUGGCUUUCUGUCGAGCCAUUGUGUAGUUUGUCCUCCUCCUCCUUCUCAAUGGUGUGUGACCCCUUCAUGAUCUUUUCAAUUCUGUUCAAGCUAAACUGUGUUUGAUUUAAUCCUUAUUAAUCUGUGUUUACAAGUACAUCGUAUCAAAUUCGAUUUUCUUUAAUCCAAAGGGACUGUCACGAGAGUAGGCGGAGUACUUUCUAAUUCAUUGUGGGUUUUAUUCUUUCUUAUUCCCUGCUGCCCUACGAAUCACUUUGUAACAAGCUUUUUAUUCUGUGUCUGUGAAACCGAUUGCUGAAGCAUUUCAUUUCAUGUGAUUAUGCAAAUAAAAUGUGCCCUUCUUUUGGUA